AUGUUGCUGCGGAACCAUGGGGACGUCAAGUGUGGGCUCUUUUUUUUCGGCUCUCCCCCCUUCCUCCGCUUCUGGUCCCCCCCCACCACGGUGCUGCCCCUGGCCUGCUUGCUAAUGGUGUACGUGGAGGCGGUCGCGGCGCUCGUUUCUCUAGGCGGUCUGCUCUUCUGCGACCCUGGAACGAUCAGACGCUCCCAGGACAGGUGCUUCCCAGUGCCCCCAGCGGUGGCGGAGAAGCUCCGCUCCGGGGAGCUGGCCCAGGAGGCGAAGAGCAGGCGCCCGCGCGACAACAUCGUCGAGGGCGACCGCACGUACUGCAUCCGGUGUCUGGUCUGGCGGGAUCGUGGCGAGGACCCUGCGUGCAGCUCUGUCGGACGAUGUCCUGGGAAUAUUUGCGAAGGUGUGGGCUUCCACCACUGUUCCACCUGCCAGCGCUGCGUGGAGGAUUUCGAUCACCACUGCAUGGUGUUCGGGAGGUGCAUUGCAGGCCGGGGCUUUUCUGGAAACAUGGGCUUCUUCAAGACGCUGAUAGGGGCCGGGUACUCUGGAGGGCCGACAUGCUUUCUGACCUUGGUCGGCGCGUUUUUCUGCCACUCCCGAGACUGCGUGACGAUGUACAUCACGCUAGGCGGCUCGUCGCGCAUGGGGGCCUCUUUUGUCUAA